AUGUCUGGUGGCUCCACAGAUUAUAACAGAGAAUAUGGCUGCCCAGAGAGAAUGGAGCCCAAUCAUGUCAUUGAGAGCAACUGGAACGAGAUUGUUGAUAACUUUGAUGAUAUGAAUUUAAAGGAGUCUCUUCUUUGGGACACAUAUGCUUAUGGUUUUGAGAAGCCUUCAGAUAUUCAGCAGAGAGUUACUAUUCCUUGUAUUAAAGGGUAUGAUGUGAUUGCUCAGGCUCAGUCAGAUACUGGCAAGACAAUCACAUUUGCUAUUUCCAUCCUGCAACAGUUGGAGAUUGAAUUUAAGGAGACCCAAGCACUAGCAUUGGCCGCCACCAAAGAACUGGCACAACUGAUUCAAAAGGUAAUUCUGGCACUUGGAGGCUACAUGGGAGCAACUUGUCAUGUCUGCAUUAGUGGAACCAGUGUUCUCAAUGAAAUGCAAAAACUGCAUGCUGAAACACCACAUAUUUUUGUUGGUACACCAGGGAGAGUGUUUGAAAUGUUAAACAGAAGAUAACUUUCCUCAAAAUUGAUCAAAAUGUUUGUUUUGGACUAAGCAGAUGAAGUGUUGAGUGGGGGAUUUAAGGACCAAAUCUAUGAUGUUUUCCAAAAAUCAGAUACAAGUAUUCAGGUUGUGUUGCUUUCUGCCAUGAUGCCAACUGAUAUGUUGGAAGUGACCAAAAAAUUCAUGAGAGAUUCAAUUCAAAUUCUGGUGAAAAAGGAAGAAUUGACCCUUGAAGGAAUCAUACAGUUUUAUAUUAAUGUUAAAAGAGAGGAAUUGAAGUUGGAUGCACUUUGUGACUUGUAUGAGAUGAUUACACAGGCUGUCGUUUUUCUCAAUACAAGGUGCAAGGUGGACCGGCUCACUGAGAAAAUGCAUGCCAGGAACUUGACAGUUUCUGCUCCACAUGAUGACCUGGACAGGAAAGACAGAGAUAUUAUCGUGAGGGAAUUCCGAUCAGAGUCAAUCUGUGUUCUGAUCAUUACCGACUUCUUGGCCCAUGGGAUUGAUGUGCAACAAGUAUCAUUGGUUAUAAACUAUGAUCUUCCUACCAAUUGCAAAAAUUACAUUCAUAGAAUUGGCAGAAGGGGUCGAUUUUGGAGGAAAGGUGUGGCUAUAAACUUUGUUACUGAAGAAAACAAGAAGAUUCUUCAUGACAUUGAGACUUUCUACAAUACUACAGUGCAGGAAAUGCCAAUGAAUGUGGCUGACCUUAUCUAAUUC